CACAACACCGGUAGCAUUCAGCGCUCGGCUCUGGAGGAAGUCUAACCUGUUGACCGCAGCUUAAAAUGGUUCAAACACUCAGUUGGUCAGAGGAUCAGAGGAAGUGAACAAACACAGGAAGAGCUGAUCGUAUCUAAAGAAAGAGCUGUGUGCAGAUGAUGAAGAGGAAGACUGACAGAAAGAGAAGAUGGCUGAUGAGUGUGAUCUGUGUCUGCUGGGACUGAUCUUUCUCUCUUCACUUCUCUCAGGUUCCAGUGAAGUGGAUGAUGCUCAUGUGUUCAUCAGUUCUGGUCAAAAUGUCCGUCUGUCCUGUAAUAAUGCUCUUCAUGACUGCACCUCGACUACAUGGAACUAUAACAGAUUCAGUCAUUCAGCAACAGUUGAACUGAUUGGUUUAGGGAUAAAGAAGAAAGACACAGAGAGACAUGAGAGACUGAGUCUGGGGUCUGACUGCUCUCUGAACAUCAACAACAUCACAGAAGAGGAUUAUGGAUCUUACACCUGCAGACAAUAUGUGAAUAAACAACAACAAGGAACUGAUGCUCGUGUGUUUCUGCAUGUUCUUCAUGUCUCUUCAUCUUCAUCAUCCUCACAGACUGAGAUCAGCGCAGGCCGCUCUGUGACUCUCUUCUGUCAGCUGUAUUCAUAUUCAGAUGCUGGAGUCUCUUGUGAUGGUUCAGGUCGUUCUGAGGGAAUUGAGCUGUUCUGGGUGAAUCAGGCUGGUGUUAAACUGGAGAUAUCAGACUCCAGAUAUCAGAUAUCAGCAUCAGAUCACUGUAACAUCACUCUGACUACAACACUCCUGAAUGAAGAUCACAACAGAGAGUGGAGAUGCAGUGUUACUCACAGAGAUCGAGUCCAGAGCUCAGUCACAUAUACUGUCAAGAGUUCAGCUCAAGCUGAUUCAACGACAGCAGUGAUUACAGUGACUUCUGUUGUGGCUGCUUUCCUUGCUGCUGUUCUCUGCCUGAUCUGCAGAAAAAGAGCUGAUAAUAAAAGAGGGACUGCUGAAACAGCGGUCAAAGAUGAGAAUGAAGAUGACGGGACGUAUGAAACAAUCGACGUGUCCAUUCCUGCUGCUGAGCAGACAGAUGAUAUGAUUUAUUCUGAAGUCUCCUUCCACUAAAAUCACUCAAUGAUCAUAAUGAUACAGUGACUUACACUGCCAUCAGAGGAACAGAAUAGAAGAAGAACAGAUUAAAGCGUCCUCACAAGCCCCUUCCUGGAGUUUGUUUAUCCACUGGAUUUCUGUCUGAAGACCUUUAAUCUUCAUUCACAAUGCUGAACGCAUGCUGCACAUGCUGAAACGAUCAUCUGGCGGCGGUUUCUUCUAGAAAAAGAUGUCAGUCUGAGAAUUAUGUCAGUGUUUGAUCAAAUCACAUCAAAAUUUGACUUUGCAGUGUGUUACAAACUUUAAUGUCAGACAGAACUGAAUUUGAUCUCGUUAUCUGAAAAGUUUCAGAAUUAGAAUUACGUUUUAAAUGAAUACUUGUAUGAACAUAUUAAGGUAGAAAAAUUCAUUCUGUGUUUUUCUGAAUGUGUUUUCUUCAUCUAUUUGCACACACUGUUUUGAACAACAGCAUUCAAACAAAAACCAUUUAAUUGCAAAAAAGUUCGUUAUUUUACAUAAAAAGUGAAUAAUUGUCUUUAAUUGAUGAAAUAUUACAGUUUGUCUAAAGUAUCUGAUUUCAUGUUUGUGUUGACACGAGCUCUUCUGUUCUUGAACAAUUAUAACAAUUAAUUGGAUUUUACAUGGUUCAAGUAAAAUAUGAGGAUUAUUAAUGUGUUUUUAAAAGCAAAACACCAGCUAUAUAGGAGAUGAACUGAAUGACGUUCUUUAAUCUAGAAUUUAUAUAUUUUUUAAAAUAAAAAUAAAGGCACUGUGCAUUUACAUUGCAAAUCAAGUGUUGUAGAGCAGAUCUGAUGCUUCAGUCAUUGAUGGUGCUAUGAUGAUAUUUUUAGCAAGAUAUUUCUAGUGAAAUAUACUGCGUCACCAUGGUAAA